GAAAAUAACUUUCUUCUCUCUUUGUUGUUACAGAGCGCAGCAAUGGAGGAGACAGUCAUAUGGGAGCAGCACACAGUAGCUCUACACAGAGCACCAGGGUUUGGCUUUGGGAUAGCCAUCUCAGGUCGGGAUAACCCUCAUUUCCAGAGUGGUGAGAUCCAUCUCAUCUCAUCUCCUCUCUGAUCUCAUCCAGCUGAGGGCCUACUGCAGGAGAAUGACAGAGUCACGAUGGUCAACGCCGUCUCCAUGGACAACGUGGAACACGCAUACGCAGUCCAGCAGCUACGGAAAAGUGGCAAGAAUGCAAAGAUUACGAUCAGACGGAAGCGGAAGGUGCAUGUACCCCUGGGUCGUCUUGGGGAGAGGGAGACCAUGUCGGAGCAUGAGGAGGACGAGGAGGACAGUUACGACGAAGAGAUAUACGAGACGCGUUCCACACGCAGCGGCCCCAGCGCCUACAGCGGCGUGGGAGGGGCCUCGGCCCGGCGCAGCGGGAGAAGCACGGGAAGGCGGGACCGGGACAGAGAGCGGGAACGCAGCGGCUCACGGGAGAGGAGUCUCUCCCCGCGCUCAGACCGGCGCUCACUCAACCAGCCCCCGCGGCCCGCCAAAGUCACCCUCGUCAAGUCCCGCAAGAAUGAAGCAGAAUAUGGCCUUCGCCUGGCCAGCCACAUCUUCGUGAAGGACAUCUCCCCCGAGAGCCUGGCGGCCAGAGACGGAAACAUACAGGAGGGAGACGUAGUCCUGAAGAUCAAUGGCACGGUGACAGAGAACCUGUCGUUGAUAGAUGCUAAGAAGCUGAUUGAGAGGUCAAAGGGCAAACUAAAGAUGGUGGUGCAGAGAGAGAGAGCUACGCUGCUGAACAUACCAGACCUGGACGACAGCGUCCCAUCAGCCAACGCCUCCGACAGAGACGACAUUUCAGAUAUCCAUUCGGUGGCGUCCGACCAUUCCAACCGAUCCCACGACAAACAUCGUAGCGGCCGGUCCCUCCCUGACAAGCGGUCUGACCACUCCAGACACUCCCCUCCACAGAUCACCAACGGCAGAAGUCGUGAGGAGGAGAGGAUCUUGAAGCCAACAGCGGUACCAGCCAAGUUAGCAGAGGAGGUUCCUGCCCUGCCAAAACCCCUGGAGCAGCUGGUCACCAGGGAGGAGAAACAGUUACCACCUCUACCAGCCAGCAGCCUGCUGCGUCUCCUCCCAGAUCAGGACACUAUGUACUGUGUUGGUGUGGUGUCUCCUCCCAGAUCAGGACACUAUGUACUGUGUUGGUGUGGUGUCUCUUCCCAGAUUAGGGCACCAUGUACUGUGGUUGUGUGGUGUCUAUGACCUCCCAGAUCAGGACACCAUGUACUGUGUUGGUGUGGUGUCUCCUCCCAGAUCAGGACACUAUGUACUGUGUUGGUGUGUUGUGGGUAUUGAGAUUAGGUUAGCGUGAAGGCCAGAUGUAUUGUGGGUAUG